AUGCGAUACAAUAUACGGACCAUUGGCUCACAAUCACGACUCUAUUCCUCAGAAAGGCCACCGAAAGAUCCUGAGGCGAACUCUAGAUCGAAUAGCGAUGUCGAAGCCGAGCUCCAAUCAAUUCUUAAACCUCGGCCAAAUAUUCUAAAAGAGCUUCAGUCACCUGCCGAGAGACCGAAGUUGGAGGACGUAAAGGUGUCUUCCGAGAACACUGUACCUAAGGACGACAAACCCGAGCCUCCCAAAACCGAAGAGGCCAAGACUGAUACCACAAAACCGGAUGAUGCCGCCUCAUCACAGGAAACCCAGUCGACUACGGAUAGCCUCCAAGUUCUCCGUGAUCGCGCGCAACAUCGUGUCAGCGAGUUAAAGGAAAGAUUCGGCCAUGCUAUGGGGACGCUACAAUAUCGAGCGAUGAACGCUUCCCAGACACUCAACGAUAUCACUGGAUACACUAGCAUCGAGACCAUCAAGCAGCAGAACGCCAAGCUUGAGAAGGCACUCGCCGAGGCUCAUGAGCGGGUUCGAAAUGCCCGACAAGAAUACAAGACGUCGAAUGCUAGCCGAGCUACGACACAACGUGAGGUCACAACAUUGUUGGCAAGAAAGGACAGCUGGUCACCAAUCGACCUUGAGCGCUUUACCGAGCUUUACCGAGCUGAUCACACCCUUGAGGGCAAGGUGGCAUCAUCCCAAGAAGCCUUGACAGAAGCCGAGAUUGAAGAACAACGCUUAAGCCAGCAACUCAACGCAGGUAUCCUGAAGCGUUACCACGAGGAGCAAAUUUGGAGCGACCGUAUUAGAAAGGCGAGUACCUGGGGAACAUGGGGUCUAAUGGGCAUGAACUUCUUGCUGUUUGUUAUCCUGCAGUUUAUUGCCGAGCCCUGGAAGAGAAGGAGAUUAGUCAAGGGUGUUGUAGCUGAGGAGAAGGCUGUGCUCGAAGAGGUCCGUGGCGAGCUUGAGCAAGUCAAGCUUGCCAUUGAGAACCAAAACCAUUCUGCUGCCGCCGCCGCUUUUGCUUCAGCUGUUGCGGCGACCCGGGAGGCAGAUGUGGAGCCCAUUACUGAGAUUGCAGAAACAGAACAAAUUCCAGUUGAGAGUCUCUUCGCUGCUGAAGAGGCAAGUACCACUGAGGUACCCGUUGCGACUCCCAUCGAGCCAGAAAACGAGGCGCCUAUUCCAAAUCCCUUUUCAACAAGAGUAUGGGAGGAUGUCCUGCUCGACCCUUUGUGGUGGAGGGCUCAGGCAGAUUGGUGUAAAGCCAAGGCAGACGAUCUCUGCAGCGAGCGACGAAUCAACCUACGCAUGAAAGACGCUUCGUUAUUGGCGCUUCAGGGAGCUCUGGCCGGUGCUCUGUUUACCGGAAGCGUUGCGAUGCUAAUCGUUCGACGAUGA